CGCAACAGGAACUUAUACGCAUCUUCGUAGGUUGUAUUCGUAAGCCCAUUGGCCGUCACUCCCAUCCAUCACAAUAUUAGCCAAUCAUUGAACGGACUAGUUGUUUGGGGUGGUUGCCAAUUUUCUCACACGCGUGCGCCAUUCAAUGUUGUGAUUUUAACUGAAGCAACAUGUCUGCCUCCAUGGUGCGAGCGACCGUCCGAGCCGUCAGCAAACGAAAGAUACUGUCAACAAGAGCCGCACUGACACUGACUCCAGCGGCUGUGAACAAGGUCAGGUUGCUGUUGCAGAGCAAGCCGGAAUAUAUCGGUUUGAAGGUUGGUGUGAGAACACGUGGCUGUAAUGGACUGACUUACACGCUGGAAUACACCAAGGAUAAAGACACAUCUGAUGAGGAAGUGCUGCAGGAUGGCGUGAGGGUGUUCAUAGCGAAGAAGGCUCAGCUGACCCUUCUGGGAACUGAGAUGGACUUUGUGGAGUCUAAACUUUCCAGUGAAUUUGUCUUCAACAAUCCCAACAUAAAGGGCACAUGUGGCUGUGGAGAAAGCUUCAACAUGUGAGCAUCAUGGAGCCUCCGUCCUCCCGCAACCUCCCCGCUCCAAACCCUGUCCCACCCAUAAAGCCAGAGAGACUGAAUGUUGACGAGGAAGACAAACAUGAGGAAUUCUGUGAAAUAUGGACGGGCCUGCGUUCCUACCAAUGCUCUUACUGCAGACCACUCACAUCCACACAUGUGUAAAGCCCAAGAAUGCAAAUUCAUACUUAGAGGAAGGUUUUAAUAGGCUGUGUAGUCAAAACUAUCUCAACAUGUUGAUUUUGGGUUCAGAUACCUCUGAUCUUGGCAAUUGCUUUUGUAUACGCUGCCGUGCAUCUAAAAAA